UUUGCAAAAAUUUCAAUACGAUUUAAAACGCGAUGGGAAAGGGUUGCAUAUAGUUUGUUGUUGCUCAAAUAAAUAAAUAAGUGGGUGAUAUACAUCCGAAAUUACAUAAAUGUGAAUUGCAGAGCGCAGAGAAGAAAAACGAACGUACUAUAGCAGAUAAGUGAUUUUUUGGUGUAAAUAAAAUGAACUAAAAUGGUUUUAUUGCAGUAGUGGUUGAUGUAUGGGACGCUACUGGGAGUGAUUAAUCACAGGCAUCCAUGCUGCAAGUCAUGAAACAGCAGAAACGUGCAGAUCGGUGCUGCCGGAGGGGGAGCAGAGGUGCUGUGCUCCCACAUGCCUGCGCCUCUCCCCCCGAAACCCGAGCCGGGCGGCCAGCCCCCUCAACCAGGAACAAACUUUUCUGUACAUUUCACGUCACCUGGACGCCGAACAUAAAUUUGGCAUCCUAUGCAAAUAUAUGCUGACGUAAAAGAUCAUGUGGUUUUUGUCGUCGAUCCCCCCUAUGAGCAACGAGGAGGCUUUUUCUUUUUUUCCUCCUGUCUACUGUUGUCUUUAGGUUAGCUAUGCUACAAUCUUUACUGUACCCAGCGCUAGCUAUAUGCGCUCCGCACCGCACCACUCUGGAUAUCUGGGAAUAAAACCAACUUCCAGCCUGUCGCGCCUCGAAACUACACGCCGCUCACAGAUCCCAGAGGAGACUUACCAGAGUGCCGCUGGCUUGAGCGACGUCCAGCAGAGGGAAGGCAGAAGGAGAGAAAGGCAGGAAAGGACAAAACACGGUGUUCGGAGGAGGUGAAAGCUCUGGAUGAGCCACGCCCCCUUCAUAUUGAAGCCCCUCCCCCAGAGGAAGUGUCGGAAUUUGGAGAAAUGGUGUGGAAAACUCACCCUGAAGGUGGUUGAAAAUGUGGAUUCUUUGUCGAAAAGAAAGUUUUAAAAGAAGCUUGAGUCUCACUGCUGUGUGCGAUGCCCUCCCAUGACGCCCAGGCCAGGAGCUGACACUGCCGGUGAGCGGGAGACGCCACUGAACAACCAAUCCUGGACCUGCAUGGUUGCCUGGUUCUUGCCCUCCCUUUUGCACGCUGGAGACUACUCUUCCACCUGCCUAUCAGUAUCCACAAACAUCAGCUACGGUCCACCCCAGUAAGGUUCGCUUAAAAACCAACACACUGACAUCCUCGCUCACCAGCAACAUCAGCCAAAAAUCACAAUCUCUUCAACACAAUCAGCAGCACCAGCACCACCAUCAACACCAGCAACAGCAGCAGCAGUAAGCAUGUCCAGUCGUAGAAAGUCCACCACUCCUUGCAUGGUCAGGGUCAUCAGUGACUUGCCUGAUGACCAAGAUGAUCCAGUGAAUGUGAUGGACAUAGAAAAAGUGUUCUACAAUGGCUUUACUGAAAAAGAACACUCUGAAUCAAGAACUAAGAUGAAAGACACACAACAGGACGGUAAAGACCAACAGACAUUUCUAAAGCAUGUGGAAACACAAAAUCUUGAGCCAUUAGUACAAAAAGAGUCUGGUAAAGAAAAUGGACUUCGUUUUAGUGAAAAUGGAGAAACAAGAGGACUGACAAAUAAAGAAGUAGCAGAAUCUGAAUACUCGUUGCAGAAAAAGCAGCCGAGAGGCUACGAGUGCAAAUACUGCCCCUUUUUGACACAAAAUCUGAAUGACUUUAAGGAGCAUGUAGAUUCCAGUCACCCUAAUGUCAUUCUAAACCCGUUGUACCUCUGUGCCGUGUGCAACUUCAACACCAAGAAGUUUGACUCGCUCACAGAACACAAUGAAAGUCAGCACCCUGGUGAGACGAACUUCAAGUUCAAGAGGAUAAAAAGGAACAAUCAAACUAUCUUGGAACAGACAAUCGAAGGCAAAGACAAUUCAGUUGUGUGCGAAAUGACAAAUGAACAAGGUGAAGGCAACAGCAGCCUCGUUUUUCCAUCUUGCAUAUCUACCACGGUGAAACCCCCAGGUAAUAUACAGCCACUCUACAUAGGGACAGAACUUAAAAGCCAGCUGGAUGGUUUGAUUCAGAAGGAUCCAAUCACAGCAGUGAACAUCAAUGGAACAGUCAUCAUCCCUGAACCUACCAUCGUCCAAGGGCUUUCCCAUGUCACCCCAAUGCUACAACGCCCACCCAACUUUAAAUCUGUACCAAAAAUAGCCGUUCCUUUGAACACUACCAAAUACAACCCCUCUCUAGAUGACAACCUGACAUUGAUUGCUUCCUUUAAUAAGUUCCCUUACCCAACACAUGCUGAGCUGUCAUGGCUGACAGCUGCCUCCAGGCAUCCAGAGGAACAAAUCAAAGUUUGGUUCACCACCCAGCGACUGAAGCAAGGCAUCACCUGGUCCCCUGAGGAGGUAGAGGAAGCCAGGAAGAAAAUGUUCAAUGGUUCUAUUCCCCCUGCUCAUCACACAUUCACCAGCCUCGUAUCUCAGUCCUCCCCCAAAGCCUCCAAGCAGCCCUUUGUCCACACAACAAUUGAACAUCCAGGUCAAAUUCGAACAGCUGCAACCAACGAUUCAAGUAUCGUCACCACCACAAAUUCUAAUACAGUAGUCCCAGUUGUUUCCAGCCACACCUUGAAACGAUCCCUUCCAGCAUCAGUUUUAGGCCCAGAAGCAAAGCGACCAAUCAUGGCAGUCGCUCCCCAUUCUGGUGACCCUAAAGAUAAGGUCUUAAUGGCACCUCCUCCCCCACCUCCUCCCCAGAAGGACCGAAUGCCAAUGGCUCCACCUCCCGCUCCCAUGGAGAUCAAGCGACCUGUAGCAGCUUCUAUGGUCAAUGCAGAAGCAAAGAGGCCAUCUCUUGCUGUGCCUUUAAUGCCGCCACCUUCAUCAUCAUCAUCAUCAUCACAACCUUCAUUAUCCAAGGGGAAAUUUCUUUCUGCAAUGGGAAACUCCAAAUCAAAGCCAGUGAUCUCAAUGCCCUCCAUAGUGUUUCCAGAGUCAUUGACAAGGCCUAUGAUAGCUCCUCCACCUAUUUAUGCCCCUCCGUUUAAAAACGCUUUACUUGUCCCUCGCAGUUCCAAAGAAAAGCACACCAUUACCCGCUCAUUGCCUGCUCCUGAUCUGAAUCUGCCAAACUCUCCUCCACACGUUAACUCUCACAUAAGGAGGCCAACCAUCAUUCAGUCUCUUCACACUCCAGCUAAAGUCCCCUCGCAGAUUCAGGGGUUCCCUUUGGAUGGCAAAAAACAAUAUGAGCACCAAGGUUUGGAACUGAAAACCAGUUAUCCCAGGGGCGAUAAGGUUGCUAGUCCUCUUGCAGAGGCCAACGGAACAACUCGUGUGGAUGGUAAAUGGUCUCAGAACUUCUCUGCUCACAAUAAUGGGAUUAUGCAUUUGGACAGAGGAGAAACCGCGGUGGCUCGAAAACACGAUUUUCAACAGAAGUCCCCGGUCUUGACUCAGUUCCCUUUGCUUGAGAGGAUGAAAGGAAAAACGGCAAAACAACUCAAGGUCUUAGAGGAGAACUUCUUACGGAACAGCUUCCCCACACAAAGCGAUUUGGACAAUCUGGCGGCCGCUACUGGCUUGUCUCAUCAUGAAAUCGACAGCUGGUUUGUGGAACGUCGUGCACUUCGUGACAACCUGGAACAAGCCCUUCUCAACUCUAUGGGAACCAAAAAGAUCGGGAUAGGUGGUAUCACUGGCCUAACUGAGAAGCCUCAUCAGCAGCAUCAAACUCAGCUCAACGGCAUUCACAAAGCAAGCACAAAUGUGGGUAAUCUAAAAAGCCCUCCUCCACAGUCGCAUGCCCUCUCCAUUACUUCUCCCAGCGCUAUUGCACCCUCUAUCCCCCACUCAAAUUCCUUCUCAGUGCCUCCUGACAGCCGAUCACUGGCGCUCCUCAAGGAUGAUUUUGCUCAAACGCGGUGGCCUUCCCCUGAGGAGAAAAGCCAGCUGGAGGGUCGGACAGGACUGGCUCGUUCCGAACUCGCUCGUUGGUUUACAGACACUCGGUGGCAGAACUACGGCAUGGAACUGACGGAACUUUUUCACAGCAAUGGAAUGAAUGGAGGGCAGGGGCUUCCUGUGUGUUCCCCUGAAAACUCUCCAUCCAGCAUCAUCCAGCGUUGUCAAGAAGGAGCCGCAACAAACAACAACAGCAAGGUGCUGGAGCUUGAGCUGGGCUGGCUGAUGGACCAGCAUUCAAACAGCUUCAACAGUCUACAGCACUCUGAGCUCCAAGACCGGUUUGCUGGCAGACUGAGGCAGCAGAGUGUGGCGGAGAUGAAGAACGGGACACAGAAUGGAGGAGUCAUGGGAGGAGCACGGGAGGUGUUCGGGAGCUGGCUGGAGGAGGGACCUUUGAGGAGAGGACGGGAUCUGCUCCUGGACAGAGAGAGAAAAUUGGCGGAGGACCCAUCUGGACGGCUUACAGGAUAAACGUUGAGAGUUUGGAGGAUGUACUCAAAUGUCCCCCAGGUGCGAAUAGGAUUUGCUGCCGUCGCCGCCACAUUGCUGCUGGAAACAUAAAAGAGGAAAGAAUCUGAAGAACGGAGCAACAAAACAAAUUUUUUAAUUAACAGAUAUCGAGCUGUAUUUUUUUUCCAGAACUGAUUUUUAUCUCUCGAUUGUCGCAUCCGAGGUCACGCACAACCUCCUUCUUUGUCCUUUUGCGAGGUAAUCUUGUCAGCGUUCCCAACCUGGAGUGACCCCCGCAUGGGCGCGGCGCUCGCUACAAACAGAUGAGUUUAAAUGAGACGGAGCUUUGUAGGCGCGGGUUUUUAUUUGGGGACAGGAGUUUUAAAAUCUAAGGAGUGCAAAAAAAGAAUGUCAGGGUCGCAAUCUGAAAGGAUAAUUGAAAUUACCCUCCCUCACAAUGGAGUUCAUGUUUAUAAUUUCAGUUCUUGCAGUUAUAAAAGAAUUAUAAAAGUAUUAUAAAUCAAAACCAAAGCUUCAGCGGCACAAGAACAGAGAGGAUUAUUUAGAGUAUUCCGUACAAUAUCAAGUGGUGUUGGAUAAAUAUUAAUAAAUAGCUGAAGGUAGCUUUUUUUCUUGAUAUUUUAUGUUUUUAAAAAUAAAUUUAGUUGAGUUCUGCCAUUUUCUAACAGGCCUCGAUAUUCCCAGACACACCCUGAAAUCAAUUAAAGUGAAGCAACAAUUAAAAACUGGUAAAAAUCAAACCUGGUUAUGAAUACUUUCUGAUUUUCUUAGAAAAUUAAAAUCGUAAAAUAAAUAUCCCCUCAUUUUUUCUGCUCAAGUCACGGCUAAUUAGUGGAUUUUUUUUAAAUCAACAAAUUAUCUUAUAAAGUGUCUUAAAAGUUGUUAUUUAAUAAUUUAAUUACUGAUAUUUAUUUUACUUACCUGCAUUUGUUUUCACUUUAUAGAUUUGCGAUUUUAAACAAAAAAGUUACAUUUAUGGAAAUUUAUACAAAUUUCUGAAUUUAGCCUUUAAAAUAAAAGGAUAGCUUUUAAAAAUAACUGUUCAUAAAAGUCAACGCUGAAAUUUUAUUUUUUAUUGUAAAUUAGAAUAAAAAUAUAAACACAGUAAAUCUGGUGACGGAAAUACGUCAUAAAUACAAAAAGUAUAGUAUAAAAGUAAAAUAGCGGCAAGUAAAAAAGAAAAAACUGCAGAGGUUAUUAAAAGUUUAAAAUUAACAGUAAAAUAAGAGAAAAAAAUUGGUCAUAAUUAACUUUUUUCUGAAACAAUAAUCUUUCAUUUCAUCAUUAUUACAAUCAGCCUGAUGUUCAGAAACCUCUAUAUCAUCAAUUAAUGGAAUAUUUUAGUAAAUAAAGCCGAUUUUAUUAACAGUUAGGACAUUUACUGUUGAAAGUUGCUCAUGGGAAACAAGGUUAGUCACUAAAUCUGGCUCAUUCUAUGAGUAAAUACGAACAUUAAAGAUGAAAAUCAAUAAAAAAUUAAUUUCUGUUUCUUGGUUUAAAAAAAUUUUUCUGCUGGAUUACUUGUAAACUCCGCCAAAGGGUCCUGACUGAAUUCCAUUAACAUGCCGUGCAUUUUUCAUGUUUAUAUUCUGAACAUUACAGGUAUAAAUAAGCUCUAAACGUGAUUUGUUCUUUUCUGUAAGCCCCUUAAAAGCUUCUUAAAUUCCUCAGUCUUUCCUUGAAGUGAGUGCAGGAGGCAGUGAGUGGAGGGGAUUAGCAGGUCGUGAACUUGACGGAUGGAUGGACUUCCGGACGCGGCCGAGGCGAUGUUGUGCGUGACCUGUGUUGCUAUGGAGAUGAGGAGGAAGGUGAACUGGAGAACUGAAUGUGUGCCUGCAGCAACAGCGGCAGUCUGACUGUACACACCGACCGACCAAUCGACAGACAGUGUGGGAUUUAAAAAACAAAAUGAGGACAAGAAAAAUAAUAAUAAUUAAAAAAACAACAAACAAAAACGCCGCGUGCCAAAGCUGGGAUCUGCUGCAUUCUCACUACACUUUUAAAAAAAGGGUUCCUCUUCUUCUUGUAAAUAGAAUAUAUGUUUGUUUGUUUUUCUUGUACUGAUAGAUUUGUAAAAUUUGCGAAAAAAAUUUUGUUACAUUUUGUAAAAUGGGAGCAAUUCGUCCCCCCAGAACCCUCUUUUUUUUUCAAUUGUUUUAAACCCCUUUUUUCAUUUCCUCUUGGCUCUUUUAUUUUUAUUUUCUCUUGUUUUUGAUAGACUUUCAAAACAAACAUGGUGCCAGAAGUGGUACGCAUGUGUGAAUUGUUUCCCCAUCACCCUUCCUCCUCUUUUUGUGCUGAACCAGAGUGGAACCACUACAGAAACAGAAAAGAAAACGAAAAAAAGACAGACAGACCAGUUGGCAAUACUUCAGUCACUUCUUCGUCUGACCGACACUGGACUUCCGCCUGCCACUUCCCUGCUGAGAGAAGGGGAGGGAGGAGGAGGAGGGAGGAAGAAAAAGAGAAAGAGAGAGGGAAGGAGGGGGGACUUCGCUUCAAAUCAAAUCAGAUUUUAAAAAACAAAAAAGCACCUUUUGAACCUUUUUUUUCUCUUUUUUUUAACUGUGCUGAAGUGAAGUCAAGUGCUUUAUUAUAAUAAUUAUUAUUAAUAUUCUUAUUAUUAUUGUAGCCACUCUGUCUGGAACCCUUUUUGAAGAACAAAAGGAAGAAAAAAAAACUUAAAGCCAAUCUGCACAUUUUGUUCCAACGAACUUGCUUGUAUGACCAAGUGACUGUCGUGGAUUAUUUUUUUGUUUAAACCUGAACAAACAACAAUCAUGUGAAAAAGCAGUAACACAUCUAAAAAUGGUGGCAAACGCAGAAAGGUUUAAUGGUAACGAUCAUGCACACCUCAAACUCUACAGCAAAAUCUCACAAUCCAGAAUCACGCUGCCUGAAUCAAACUUCGUCCGUUUUGUCGUUAACGCUUUGACAUGUUCUUCUCUUGAUGUUUCCUCCUUUGUUGAUUUUUUGGGUCAAUUUUUUGUUUGUUUUUGUCAUCCUGCACACAAUCACACGCAUCUGUCAUAAAUUUAAAAAAAUAAAUGAAUAAAUAGACUUUUAUUCGAUGCAUAACUACAUGUUGGCUCGGUAGGCGUAGUUGAAACUAGUUCCAUUCCGACGAGAGAGCAUAAUAGUAAAGUCAAAAAUAUGAGCUUCUUUAUGUAUUGCUUCUGCCGCUGUAGUGUUCUGGUCAGAUUUUAAGAUGAAAAGACUACAUAUAUCUGAAAUACUGUAUUUACAAAUGCAAACCAGGGCUGGCCUCAAUAGAACAAAAGGGAGGGGUGGGGUGGGUUGCCGGUUUUUAACUCCGUCCAACGGGCGUUCACUCUGCUGAAGUCCGGAGCUUUCAUGCAAAGUUCUGACUGCUGGUUUGAGUUGAUAAAAGUGCUUUUUUUUAUUGCUUAAAGUCUUUGUAGUUUUUGUAAAACUUCAGCAUCGUCGGAGUCGUUCUUCCGCUGAGCUGCUGCACGGUUUGUUUGUUUUUAGUGCCGAAACCCAGCAGCGCUGCAGAAGGAGCCUCUUAGCUGAUGCACCGCCUUAGAAAGCUAUCCAAGAGAGUUUUAUUUUUGCAAGCGCAUAGUUUUAAUUGCAUAUUUUUCUGAUGAAUGAUUGAAUGUAUUUGCUUUCAGGAGAAAUAUUGUGGGUGUAGUAUCUGAAUGUGGAAACGACUAAAGAAUCGAGCACAAAGUGGAAAAAAGUCCCAAUGCAACUAAUAAAAGAAGUAAAGUUUAAUUCUUCUAGGGUCUAUCAGUAUUCAGGUGGUGAAAGUUGUUAUUUUACCUAAUUAGUGAGAACUGUUUUUUGAACACUAAACUAGCUAAGCAAAUGUUUACUUUUAAAUAAUCUUUAAUUCAUCAGGUUGGAUUAACGCUCCACCACAAAAAGUGUAAUUUUCAAACAAUUAUGAGUCAAAUUUGGCCUCUUUAGGCUUUUAUAAAAUGUGCCAACUGGUUUUGAAAGGGCGGCCAUGACGCUAGUUAAAACCAUGAGAAGAGCCCUUAACUUAUUUGUAUUUCGGUAAAAUAUGAUGUAUUUGCGCGAGUCCUUGCUGUAUUUUAUUUAAAAUAAAAUAAAAAUCCCCUCGGAAAACGUUUUCUUCGUUUGCACCUGGCUUCCGUAAAAAGCUUUUAUGCAAAUAUGUUUGCGUGUAAACAGCCAAAUAGUUAAAGAUUUUUUUUUCUAAAUCAGUUGAAGAAUUUUUGAACAAACCACUGGUUUGUUCAGAUAAAACACCUGGUUUGUUCUGCCUUUUUUGUCCCCUGAAAUCGGGGGAUUUCACCAGACCUAAUCACAGAACAGCUCGUCUUGUUCUUUAUAUUUAUUACCAAUCAGGCAACUGAACUGUUUAUAGAAAAACACAGUUUUGUUCAGCUUAAAAGCUCUCUUUGUGUGCAUAAUUUCCUGGACUGGCGCCCAGCUUUAACUACAGAAGGCCAUUUGUGCCAAAGAUGCAACACAUUGUGCACAAUUUUUUUUUUUACCUAAGCAAAUUAUUUGCCUAAUUUAUCCCAUUUUAGGUUUUCAAACAUAGUUAAUUUUAAGGUGCGUUCAUAAUCGAUUGAGACAAUCAAAGGUUGCACUAAAAUAUUUUCGUAUUCGAAAUUUGGACGUUUAUCUCCUUUGUCCGUACAAUCGUGAGGCCCCCAAAAAGUAAUGUUGUUAUUUACUGUGAGAAAUCAUAAGGAAUUUUAAAGAUUGUGAAACAGGAUCUUCCCUCCAGGCAGUCGAGGCAAAGAUCACAUCCAACUCGAUAUUUAUAUUUUUGAGCCUGACUUUGGAUUUGCUUUGGAGGGAACCAGGUGCUUUAAAUGUUAUUUAACGGGGAGUUGAGGCCAGCCCUGCUUCAUAACAAACGUUCUGCUUCUUCUACUACUGCUACUAUCAAACAAACAACCCUGGGCGCAGAAAACGAGCUGAACACAAUUUUGGAUUCUCUUGUGCAAGGUGUGUGAAACGUUGAACUUUACAUACACUACCAGCAUUUUUGCACUGAAAACCCAAAUCAAUGUGGAGCACCAGCUUGUUUUAUUUUAUUUUUUUAAUUCCCAACACUUUGGUUAAUCGGUGUCUGACCCAAAAGGAGGUGAAGUUAACCUUUUUGGGGUUGAAUGUGUAUUUAUGAAAAGAAUAAUCCUAAAAAUAGCCAUGAGUAUUUGUUUGAAAAGUGUUGGAGCUCAGUUUCUGUCGCCCAGGUCAGCAAAACAACAUGUUGAUGUCUGCUGUAUUUCAAUAAAACACAGCCUUUUUCAAAGGGUA